UCAUUUUCCUGUUGCCAAACCAAAGACUCAUCAUUCCGCCCAGAGUUUCUCAUGCUUAAAAGAGUCGUCCUUUGAAGUUCCUCUCUCUCUCUCUCGGAAGAAGUUCUAUUCAGCAAACUCUCUCUCUCUCUCUCUCGGAAGAAGUUGGUAAUUGGAACUGCGAGUUCUUCUGCAAAUCCCAUCUGAAAAAAGCCUGAGAUCGAAGAGGAGAAGAGCAGGGCCAUUGUAACAAGUUUCAGAUCGUCCCCGAAAUGAAGAAAGCAAUCCCAUCACCCGUCCUCUGCAUUUCUGCCUUGGUUCUUCUCCUAUUGGCCGGUACAUCCGUUGGGGAUCCAAGAGCUCAAACAGUUCAAAUGAUGUGCGGAAAACAGCUCGAGCACAAUGCCACCAUCUACGUCCCAAACUUCGUGACAACAAUGGAGAACAUCAGCGUGCAGAUGAGAGAGUCCGGCUUCGGAAAGGCCGUGACAGGUUCAGGACCUGACACCAACUACGGCCUAGCCCAGUGCUAUGGCGACCUCUCUUCACUCGACUGUGUUCUGUGCUACGCUGAGGCGCGUACUGUUCUGCCCCAGUGUUACCCCUACAAUGGCGGCCGGAUUUUCCUGGACGGCUGCUUCAUGAGAGCUGAGAAUUACAGCUUCUUCCAGGAGUACACCGGGCCAGAGGACCACGCCCUCUGUGGAAACAAGACGCAAAAGAACUCGACGACAUUCCAGGCGUCGGCAAGGCAGGUGGUGCAGCAAGUAGUUGCCAACGCACUGAUCAACAGUGGCUAUGCUCGUGCAGAGGUGACGGUGGCGGGAAGAAGGAAUGAGUCGGCUUAUGCCCUGGCUGAUUGCUGGAAGACUCUGAGUGUCAACGCUUGCAAGGCUUGUCUGGAGAACGCGUCUGCCUCGAUAUUGAGAUGCUUGCCGUGGUCUGAGGGGAGGGCGUUGAACACAGGAUGCUUCAUGAGAUACUCUGACACAAAUUUCCUCAAUUCGUCGUCUGGAAAUGGGAGUUCAAAAGCGACUGUUAUAAUCAUAGCAGCAGUUAUCAGUUCGGUUGUGAUGUUGGCAGUUGUGGGGAUCAUUGCAGUUUACUACUAUAAGCACAGAGAAAUCCAGAAGAAAAGAAGAGGAUCAAAUGAUGUAAAGAAAAUGGCGAAGACCCUCCAUGACAGUAGCUUGAAUUUCAAGUACUCCACGCUUGAGAAAGCAACAGGAUCCUUUGACGAAGCAAAUAAGCUUGGCCAAGGAGGAUUUGGAACAGUUUACAAGGGAGUUUUGCCUGACGGGAGAGAAAUUGCUGUCAAGAGGCUUUUCUUUAAUAACAGACACAGAGCAGCAGAUUUCUACAAUGAAGUGAACAUAAUCAGCAGUGUGGAGCACAAAAACCUGGUCAGGUUAUUGGGAUGCAGCUGUUCAGGACCUGAAAGCCUUCUUGUCUAUGAAUUCCUCCCAAACAAGAGUCUCGAUCGCUUCAUCUUUGAUUCAAACAAAGGUAAAGCACUAAACUGGGAAAAGAGAUACCAGAUUCUCAUUGGGACAGCAGAAGGUCUGGUCUGUCUUCAUGAAAAUUCCAAGACACGAAUCAUUCACAGGGAUAUAAAAGCCAGCAACAUAUUGUUAGAUUCAAGGCUGCGUGCUAAAAUCGCUGAUUUUGGGUUGGCCAGAUCAUUCCAGGAAGACAAGAGUCAUAUUAGCACUGCCAUCGCAGGAACACUGGGAUACAUGGCUCCAGAGUAUCUAGCCCAUGGCCAGCUGACAGAGAAAGCAGAUGUGUAUAGUUUUGGAGUUCUUGUGUUAGAGACAGUUACAGGAAGGCUAAACAACAGAAGCAAAGCCUCAGAAUACCAAGACAGCCUAGUCAUAAUUGCAUGGAACCAUUUCCAGCGAGGAACAGUGGAGGAACUACUUGACCCAAACCUAAUGCUGCAUAACCACUACCACAACACCACCAUCAUAAAGGAGGUUCUAAGAGCGGUACAUGUAGGACUACUGUGCACCCAAGAGGUACCUUCUUUACGACCAUCCAUGUCUAGAGCACUGCAGAUGCUAGCAAACUGCGAAGAGCACCUCCCUCCACCUGCCAAUCCCCCUUUUAUAGAUGAGAAGACCAUGGAACUCAAUCAAGCAGGUGAGAACCAAGCUUUGCCAGUGCAUGGUACCCAUUCCGGCUCAAUUGCAGUUGUCUCCUACAGUUCUUUCUACCCCAGAUGACCCUAAGUGGGUGGAAAGUGAGGUUUCAGGGACCAAAUGCUCAGAAAGAAAGCCCUUGAUCAGCAUGGAAUGAUCCUAACAAUCAACAAUUUAGAAACUCCAAACUUGCAGAACAUACAUCACUUGAAAGGAUUACAUCUGAUACGCCACAUCCACUUGAUGUCAAAGAUGUGGUGCAAACUGAGUCUUUGACUAUUGGUGAUUGAAUUUGAGCUGGAACAGGUAUGCAGAAGAAGACAAGGAAAUGGAGUUCGUAAGGAAGUCAAGGUAGCAUAAAAUUAUACCUUAAAAGUAUAUCAGUCUGUAUGCAACACCAACAAUAAAUUUUGCUCUAUAAUAAUUAUCAAUCUCCGUUGGUCCAA